AUGAGUGAACCCGGUGCACUGACCUCUCCUAAUGCCCAUGUCGACAUACCGAGGGGAUCUCUGGACCUUCAGGAUCAGGUUUUGCCGAGCACGGUUUCUGGCUAUGUUGGAGACCAGGUUUCAGACCCUUCUGCUGAAAUAGACAAGCAUCAACAACUGCAUAUACCCAACGAAGAUCAAUCAUCUGAAGAACCAACCGCACUUUCGCUGUCUUCGAUAAGCUCUUUCUACGGUUCCAAUAAGAGAAGAAUCGAAUACACUCCAUUUGAUCCCGAAUCACUUCGAUCUGAAACCCACAAGAAACGGGUUCCUGGAAAGUUCAUCGAUAGAUUUUGGGAACCUUUAGACGAAACCACCGCCGAGGAGUUUGACAAGAUCUUAGACAUCUGCUUGAACAAGGCCAUUGAACGGUACAAAGUUGUUGGUGAUCUACUAGCCCACACAUGGACCCUGGACCAUGAAACGUCAUUUAAAAGGCGACUUCAGACCACAAAAUUACCUCGUCGAGUCUCCAUACAUCUGACUAAUCCUCAGAACGAUGAGAACAAGUACGUGUUGAAUCAUGACAUCCUCAAUCGACGAAAAACAUUCCUUGAAACAUACUUACUGGCAGAGUUGAAACAGCUUAAGGAUCUCACAAAGACAUACAAUAAAAUCGAGUUGAAUUACAAGUCGGACUUGGAGUACUUGAAGGAAUUUAAUAAGACGGUGGAGGCUAACGAAUCGAAAAUGUCUCAAGAAGUAUAUACAAAAAAGACCACAAUGAACCUUAAGUAUAGCGACACCUCGAACCUCGAUCUGGAUGUGACCUCCUCCAAUGUUCGUUUCACUCCACGAGAAGAUGAUGAAGUCAACGAACUCUUGGAAAAACUAGAUAGCGGCCUCAAAAGGGUCUCUGGUAACUCAAAAGAUCUCAUUGACUUUCACGAACGACUUCAGAAUUUCCAGGACUCCUUGGAUAUGCUUUAA